AUGAAUAUAUUUAUUCAAUCAGUAGAUUACAGACUUUGGAAGAUAAUUCUGAAAGGUCCACAAUUUCCAACCACUACAGAAGCUGAUGGUGUGGUUACACUCAAAGGUGAAGCUUAUUGGAAUGAGGAAGACAGAAAGAAAGUAGAGCUCAACGCCAAAGCAGUCAACUUGCUCAACUUUGCGGUCAGCUUCGAGAAAUACCGACGGGUAUCAAGAUGCACAAUAGCAAAGAAAAUUUGGGACAAACUUCAAAUCACUCAUGAAGGCACAACUCAAGUCAAGAGGUCCAAAAUAAACAUGCUGAAUAGAGAAUAUGAAAUGUUCUCAAUGAAGGAAGGAGAAACGAUAGAUGAAUUAUUUAAAAGAUUCAACAUCAUCGUCACUGGCUUGGAUGCUAUGAGGAUCACAUAUUCUGAAUCUGUGCUUGUGAGGAGAAUAUUGAGAUGUCUCACUAAAGAGUAG